AUGAUGUUCCACCUAGACUGCAAAUGGAUAACUUGUAUCCUGCGAGCUCGUCUCACAAAAUUCUCACUCGAACCAUCUUUGGAUAGAAAAACAAAUAUAACACUCCGGAGCGAGAAUAGAGCGAGGCGCCGUCUUGGCGCCUUCAUCCACACGCCUGCUGACGUCACAAUAAUCUGUGAUGCUGGCACGCACAGGACCCUACAGAAGACUACGUCCUAG